ACUGAGCAGGAGAUCUGUGCCUCUGAAAAGGGUCUCCACAGAGAAGAAUUGCUACUCCGUUACUUUCAGCAGAGUCUCUUGCAAUUGCAGGGAACAUCAGGGCUGUGCUGUUCAGAACAUAAAGGUCAGAAGAAAUUGGGACAUAGUCCCAUUGAAAUAGGUCAGGUAUGGAAUGUGGGUUGAAGUGGGUCUGUCCCAGUAAGGCCCUGUAAAACAAACUGAAUUGAGAGUUCUCUGGAACAGAAGAAAGAUCUGCUAGGAACUUGGCCAUGGAGGAAACCUAUCUACUGAACAUGAAAGGUGUCAAGAAAAAGAUUUUGCACGGAGGCUAUGGAGAGUUGCCAGACUUCAAAGACGGGAGCAAGGUCACAUUCCACUUCCAGACGCUGAAAGACAACUUUGAACGAACAGUGAUAGAUGACAGCCGAGAGGCUGGUAUCCCCAUGGAGAUUAUUGUGGGGAAGAUGUUCAAAAUCGAGGUGUGGGAGACCCUCCUGACAUCCAUGCGGAUCGGCGAAGUGGCAGAGUUCUGGUGUGACGCUGUUCACACAGGGAUGUACGCCUUGGUCUCCAAGGCCAUGAGAAAAAUUGCUGAAGACAAAGAUCCUCUGGAGGGCCAGAAGCACUGCUGUGGGAUGGGCAACAUGUUUGAUUAUCACAGCACAGGCUACACAGACCUGGAUGAGCUGCAGCGGACACCGCAGCCCCUUAUCUUCAUCAUGGAGCUGUUCAAAGUGGAGGACCCCUCCUCAUACAAACGAGAUACAUGGGCCAUGAACAACGAAGAGCAGCUAUCGGCCGUGCCAAAGCUACAUACUGAAGGCAACUGCCUGGUCCUGUCCAGGAAAUUCAAGGAAGCAGCAGAGAAAUAUCAGGAAGCUGUCAUUUGCUUGUGCAAUGUCCAGGCCAAGGAGAAGCCGUGGGACGAGGACUGGCUGAAGCUGGAGAAUCUCAUUACGCCGCUUGUGCUGAACUAUUGCCAGUGCCAGCUGGAGCUGGGGGAGUAUUAUGAGGUGCUGGAGCACACCACCGACCUACUCCAGAAGAACAACGAAAACGUCAAAGCCUAUUUCAAGCGGGCCAAAGCCCACGCCGCUAUCUGGAAUGACCAGGAGGCCCGAACAGACUUCUUGAGGGCGGCCCAGCUGGAUCCAUCGCUGGCUGCCACCGUGAGGAAAGAGUUAAAGCUCUUGGGAGAGAGGAUAAGGCGGAAACAUGUGGAAGACCGCAAGAGGUACCAAGAUCUCUUCCAGCAGCCUCCUCCUAAAGGGGAAACUGAAGGGAAAUCAGCGGAGGAGACAGAAGAGCUGUCAGACCCUGGCCUUGGGCCACAGAUGGAGGAAAAGAAUCGAGAAACCCAGAAGCCUGAGAGAAGAGGAGCAGAGGAAGGGACAGGGACUGGACACACAGAGCAAGGCAACUUAGCAGAGGAAAAGGACGGGCUCCUUAUGAAGAUGGAUGGAGAGGAUGCUGCUCCUCAGAAAGUGAGGGAAGAGGAAACGGGAAAAGACGAGCGGGAAGGCCAAGGGGAAGGAAAGAUGCACAGUCAUUCUGGAGAUGAUGUGACAGGCUGUGAAACCUCUGGGAGCAAGCACCAGUUAGGGUUUGGGCAACAGAAGCUUCAAAAAGAGAGGGGCAGUGUAGAAGAGAUGAAUGCUGGGCCCUGGGAAGGUUUUGCGACCCUGAAGGAAGAGGCGGUGGAAAGGAGAGACAUCUCUCGGAGCUCCGGGAAGGGAGGAGGGGGAGUUGCAGGAAACUGUGUAGGGGAAGGGUCUGUUGAAGGAGACUGUGAGGCUGAGGGGAGCCUCAGAGCAGAGAACCCCACUAGAGAGAGGGAAGAAUAUGAAGCAAGUUGUGGGGGAAAAGAAACCAAGACUGGGGAACAGUUGAGGGUACCAGGCGAUAUGGACUUUGGAGCAGAAAAUUCCAAGAAAGGAGCAAGAGUGGCGAGUCCUGAGGGACGCAGGGAGGGAGAUUGCUUCCAAGUGUGGCAGGAAGGCUCAAAGAGAGAAGCAAAGGGGACAACAGAGCUUAAUUUCAGGGGAAAGGCCAGCUCCUACUGGGAGAGUAGUGGAGGGCCAAGAAACGAGAAUUCUGUUGGGGAGGAAGAGGUGCCUGGAGAGGAAACAGAAUUGGGAAAGGAAAGAGGAGAAGCUGAUGAUCAUUCUAUGCCAGGGGUGGCAACAGGUUGCUAUGAACCAGGCCCAGGACACUUUGAGGGAGAGACAGACCCAGAAGACGGAGAGACGGCAACUGGGGAUCGCAGGAUAGGAAGAAGCGAUGAUAGUGCUGAGGAAGUGAUCAGCCUUGGAGCAAAGCAUGUCAGAGAAGAGAAGGAUGGCUACAGAGAGGCAGCUGGCUGUAGGAAGGAAGGAAGGAAUGAAAGCUGGCUACAGAUCUAGGCUACUGGAGGAGGCACAAAGGGAUCAGGCAGGAAGACUUUGAGGCAGAAAUAAGCAGAGAAUUUGAAGAUGGGAACAAGAGGGGAGAACUCUGAGAUGAAACAAGCAGAUGUGCAAGACAGGUGGGAAGAGCCAGAAG